CUCCAUUUUUCUACUAAAACAUAUUUUUAGAAAGACGAUGAACGUCUUGCAGAGAUGGCCAGAACCAGUGGUGAGAGUGCAGUCGUUAUCGGAAAGUGGCAUAGAAGCCAUCCCGGACUGCUACGUGAAGCCGAUCAUGGACAGGCCAUCGGUGGACGUGGAGGAGUCGAAUGAGGUCAACAUCCCAGUCAUUGAUCUCUCAGGCCUCAACUCAGAUGAUGCAGCGUUGCGUAAGGCCACUUUGGAGCUAAUAUCCGAUGCUUGUCGUGAGUGGGGGUUCUUCCAGGUGGUUAACCAUGGUGUUAGCCACCAGCUCAUGGCGGAGACACAGAAGGUGUGGCGAGAGUUCUUCCAUCUUACGGUGGAGGAGAAGCAGAAGUACGCUAACUCACCGGAGACUUAUGAGGGCUACGGAAGUCGUGUUGGGGUGGUGAAAGGUGCCAGAUUAGAUUGGAGUGAUUACUUCUUCCUUAACUAUCUGCCUGUUUCUUCAAGAGACGAAAAUAAGUGGCCAUCUCAGCCGUCAACUUGCAGGGAAUUGGUAGCAAAAUAUAACGAAGAAGUGUUGAAACUUUGUGGCAAACUAAUGAAAGUUUUGUCCAUUAAUCUUGGAUUACAAGAAGAUUAUCUUGAAAAUGCGGUUGGAGGGGACCAAAUUGGAGCUUCCUUGAGGGUCAAUUUUUACCCAACGUGUCCUCAACCCGACCUCGCUUUAGGCCUCUCACCCCAUUCUGAUCCUGGUACUCUCACCAUCCUGUUGCCAGAUGAUCAUGUCUCCGGCCUCCAAGUCCGUAAAAAUGAUGGUUGGGUCACGAUUAAGCCAAUCCCUAAUGCCUUCACUGUUAACCUAGGUGACCAACUUCAGGUGCUAAGCAAUGGAAAUUACAAGAGUAUCGAGCACCGUGUGCUUGUUAAUUCGUUAAAAGAGCGAGUAUCGUUGGCCUUUUUCUACAACCCACGUGGCGACAUGGUCAUUGAACCUGCCAAUCAACUAAUAAUGAAGGAUGACCCCACACAAUAUCAACCAAUGACGUUUGAUGAAUAUCGCAUUUUUAUUAGGACAAAAGGUCUUCAUGGAAAAUCACAAGUUGAGUCUUUAAAAUCAUUUGGAUAGUUUCACAUUCUUUUUUAGAUGUAUGUCAUUAACAUUGUGAAAAGUUGAUGUUAGAUAUGUAUUUGAAUUUUUGAGUUUAUGGAUGAGUUGGUCCCUUUUGACAUA